UAUAUAUAUAUAUAUAUAUAUAUAUAUAUACCUUUCUCUCUGCCUAUUUCUAUCUAUCUCUCUGUUUACCUCGUUACCUUUUUUUCAAUAAACUUUUCGAAAGUUAUAAAAUUGAUCGUGAAUUUUGGAGAAAUCUGGAUCCACAGGUUGAACGAGAGAAGAGAUAUCUAAAGUUGUCUUUCAAGUUGAAAAAUAUUUAACGGGUUUUCGAGACGUCGUUAUUGCUGCUGCUGCUGGUAGUAGUGGUGGUUGUGGUUGUGUUGGUAGUGGUGGUGCUGUUGCUGUGUUAUUCAGGCAAAAGGGAAUUGAACUUUCUCCUUCUAUCUUUGUUGCGGUGAACGCAACGAGUCACGACUACGACGACGACGACGACGACGACGACGACAACGACGGCGACGGCGACAAGGACGACGAGGACGACGAGGACGACGAGGACGACGAGGACGACGAGGACGACGACGACGGUGAAAAGAAAUAGGAAGAAGAUUACGGCGAGGAGAAGGGAAGAGGAGAUUAAAGACGAGAUUGAGAAUAUUUUUGUGUAAAUACGUACAUUGCAUAUACAUAUCUCAUAGUUACCGACGGUAUUUGUUCUUAUUCAAGAAAGAGAGAGAGAGAAAUAAAAAGAAAAAAACAAAAAAAAAAAAGAAAGAACAACGAAAAAAGAUUUAAGGACAAAUUUUCGUCGCGAUUACAUUAUUCUCAAUCGACGACGACAAUAAUAACGAUGAUGAUGAAGAUGACAAUGAUGAUGACGACGACGACGACGAUGAUGAUGAUGUUGAUGCGAUAAUAAAAACAUACGCGAUAGUUUUCUUCCUCUUCUUAUAAAAACUUUUUCUUCUUCUUCUUCUUCUUCUUCUUCUUCGUGAGGAAAGUGCGACGACCGUGUGGUGUUUCUUUAGUGCACGUGACAUAGGAAGAAACCGAUAGAGAGAUCAUGAGAGUAAAUCGUGGAAUUUGCGCUAAGCUCCAAGGAGGAUUCCUCAGACGAUGGUGGGCAGCUGUGGCCUUCGGCGUCCUUCUGAUCGUUAUAGCAGCGAUUUUAGCAGCUCUUUUCCCUCAGUUGAUAAAUAUCAUCGUGAACAAGCAAAUCGCGUUGAAGGACGGUGGAAGGACUUAUGGCUGGUGGAAAGCGCCGCCUGUUAUACCACGUUUACACGUAUACAUUUACAACGUCACGAAUGCCGAUGAAUUCUUGAACAACGGCGAAAAACCUGUGUUAGACGAGCUCGGACCGUACGUUUAUUCACAGCACUGGGAGAAAGUCGAGAUAAAGUUCAACGAAAAUGAUACGGUCAGCUACAAAAUUCGAAAGCAAUACGUUUUCACGCCGGAACUGUCAUCGGGUUCCGACGAUGAUCUCGUCGUCGUGCCAAAUGUUCCAAUGUUAUCGGCGACGAGUCAAUCGAAGUAUGCGGCACGUUUCCUGAGACUCGCAAUGGCGUCGAUUAUGGACAUUUUAAAGAUAAAACCUUUCGUCGAGGUGUCCGUUGAACAAUUACUUUGGGGAUACGAGGAUCCACUUUUGAAAUUAGCCAAAGAUGUUGUACCGAAGGAACAAAAGUUACCUUACGAUCAAUUUGGUUUACUUUAUGGGAAGAACGGUACCCAACCGGAUUGGUAUACAAUUUUUACGGGUGAAAAUGAUGUGACGAAAUACGGUAUGAUGGAAAAAUGGAACGGUAAGGAGGCAUUGGGUCAUUGGUCGACACCAAGUUGCGAUAGUAUCAUGGGUACAGAUGGUAGUAUCUUUCCACCUCACAUAACUAAGGAUACCGUUCUGAAAAUUUUCGACAAGGACCUUUGUAGGGCCCUUCCUUUGGUAUUUCAGAAAGAAGUGAUGACUUCCGGGGGAGUUCCUGGAUAUAGAUUUACGCCACCGUCGAAUGUCUUUGCCUCAGCUGACAAAGUACAUUCUCAACAAUGCUUCUGUCCUGCCGGUCCACCAUGUGCACCUGAAGGAACAUUCAACGUAUCUGUCUGUCAAUACGACUCACCCGUACUUCUUAGCUUUCCACACUUUUAUAUGGCCGAUCCGGCAUUGAGAGAGGCCGUGAUAGGUGUGUCACCGGCUGAACAGGACAAGCACGAGUUAUAUGUCGACGUGCAACCAAUGAUGGGCACGGCCCUUCGGGCUCGAGCAAGGAUGCAAAUAAACCUUGCAGUGAGCCAGGUGCGAGAUAUCAAGCAAGUCGCCUCUUUUCCCGAUAUCGUUUUCCCCAUCAUGUGGUUCGAUGAUGUAAUCGAUGAGUUACCACCAGAGAUGCGUUCGCUCUUAAAAAUGGCGGUCGAUUUGCCGCCUGUCGCUAGAGCUGCGCUUUCAGGAGGAUUAGCUGCACUUGGUGUGAUCAUUCUCAUUGGUGCUCUUUGCUGUUUGGCACGAGCUGCUAAACGACAGGAAAAACUUCACCUGAGUAAUCCUUUGCCAGCGAACACGACUAACAACAAAACUGGUCAACUAAAUCCAGCGUUUCAAACAUCGAAAUAAAAUUCUUCUUUUUAUCGAGGGAUAGACAAAGAGAGAGAGUGAGAGAGAGAGAGAGAGAGAGAGAGAGAGAGAGAGAGAGAGAGAGAGAGAGAAAGAGAAAGAGAGAAAGAGAGAAAGAGAGAGAGAGAGAGACAAAAAAUUAUCAUCGAUAUCGAAUGCAUUUAUUUCGAAUCGUCCGUCAAAACUUUCCAAUUAAUUUUUAUUCCCUUUUUGUUCGACUUAUUUUAAUUCUUUUUAUUUUCAUAAUUUUUUUCUUUUCCUUUUCUUUUCAAGCAACAUUACUUUUUAUGCGUUUCCAUGAGACGGACGAUCGAUUAAUAACCCAAUCGUGAGUUGUUUGAUGAGUCCUUCCGCGUGUAUGCGGUUCGACGUUAAUUAUAUUUAUUACAUUUACCUGUAGGAAAGAUCUCGAUGGAGACAUUUAUUUCGCAUGGCAAAUGCGCGAGAAUAUAAAAGAAAGUAUAGAAAGAAAUAUAAUAAGAAAUAAAUGCGAUCUAUUUCGAAACGAAUGUCCUUGGAUGUAUCCAUUGAUCGAUAGGGAACAGUCGAUAUAUAAAUCGUCUGGGUUCGGAAUGUAUAGUUUAUCGUUCUUCCUCUUAUUUUUCUUUAUUUCUUUUCUUUUUUUUUCCUUUUUUUUUCUUCGUUUCUUUUCCUUAUUUCUCUUUUCACUUUUUUUUUUUCUUUCUUCGGACGCGGGUAAUCUCUCAUAAGGAGGACUUCCUUUUUUUAUCUUUUCUUACUUCUGUUUUUAUCUCUAUUCUUUUCUUUUUCUCUGUUUUUUUUUUUUUGCUCACUCCGUCGCCAUCGCCGUCGCCGUCCAGUCACUAUUAUUUCUUUUUUAUUAUAUUUUAUUCGACAAAAAAAUUUGUAGAAAGUGCCGGUGUGCGCGGAGUGAGGUAGGUGGAGGGUGAUAUACAUAUUUAUAUAUAUAUAUAUAUUUUUUUUUUCUAAAGAAAUUCAAAUAUAAUCUGUCAAUCCGUCCAGACGCUCUCUAAACCAGUGGUUUAACUUAGGUAUUCAAAUUUUAGAAAAGAAAAAGAGAGAUCUAUAAAAGUAAUAAAUCAUCGCUGAUAAAGAAACGAUAAGCUUUUCGUUUUUUUUCGUGAAACGACGAGUCUGGAAAAAAGCAAAGAUGUAAAAUGGAAAUUUGAAAGACGGUGUUGUUUGAUUGUAAUUAUUAUUAUGCUAUUUUAUUAUUAUUAUUAUUAUUAUUAUUAUUAUGCGAUUUUAUUUUUAUUACUACUACUAUUAUUAAUACUUUAACUAAGUCUGUACGAUGAUCUUACGUUACUCAUUUGUAUAUGUAUAUUUUAUAUCGUAAACGUGUUAAGUUUAGAAAUGAUUAGUAUUAAUAUAUGUAGGUAAGAUUAUUUUUGUACGAUAAUAAUCGUCGUAGGAUGCCAAAAAAUAUUAGGAUACGUUUUGUGCGUAACACACGAAUAACGUAUCACGGAUGAACGAAUAAUAACGAUCGUACAAAUCGACCGAAUAAAUGAAUGUAAUUAAUUAA